AUGAAACAACAAACACUGAACAUGACGUAUAGCGGAGCCGAACACGAAACCAGUAGGACUGACUCUUUUGCUUUUAGAAUAUGUAUCAAUUGGCUCUCAUUAGUUAUGGUACUGUGCAGCAGAAAAAGGAAUAUUUCCGUUCGUUUUUAUAUGUUUUUUUCCAAACAUUCAAAAUUUAUGAGACAUUGCAAGUUCAUAACAAAGAUAGCCUAAACAUGAGUAUCAAAUAACACGAUUCGACGGUAACUUGAUCUGAUCAAUGAAAAGUUCAAGUUCACUUUUAAAAGGGGCUACCUGUAAAAGAUCAAGUCCUAAAUAGUUUGUACUAACACCCCGGAAAGGUCAGUGUGAAAAACCGAAAUAGCAAAAACAAACACACACACAAAACACUGAGUUACUGUUUCGGAAACAAACACGAAAUAAAUGGGUUAAGAAGCGUUGCCGCACACGCGGCUAUGCCAGCCUGGAAGACGAUUCGCAUAUAUCCGUACACCUGUAGACGGCCUUGAACACCGCAUCUCUGCAUCGAUGUUCCCGUAAACUGGACUGUCAUCGUGUACACCUUCUCUCCUCCCGCUUUGCGCGGUGCGCCCGGUCGUCUAUGGGCUAAGGGGAUCGACGAAACAAGACAGUAUCUCUGAACAUGAUGUGCAUGGACUUGAUAUCAAUUGGGCUUUGCCCGGGUAGGUUCGAUUCCUGCUCGUUGCGUUCACUUUUUUCGAUUUUUUGAAGUACAUACAAGGUUACUUCUAUCGAAGAUUGAGAAUUUCUUUGUUUCUAAAAAUAACUUUGUUUCAGUUCUCCCUAUAAGUCAUUUUCAGUAAUCUUGAGGAAAGUCGUUUUUAUGUUACAAACUACAAUGUUGCGGUUCUGUUCAUUGACGUCAAAGUCAUGCGAAUGUCACCUGAAAUCAGAGGAGCGGCAUAAUUAGGAAUUUGUGAAACGGAGUGAAUGUGCCAUCGAAGCGGACGGAAUGUUACUUGUUGAUAAAUAUGCACAAACCAGAUGCGUUUCUUUUCUUUUCGACUUCUGAACUAUUCCUUUCUGUCCAUAGACUCUAUUUGUGAAAAUAAAAAUGCGCUCUGUAGAGAAACCGAUCUUUUUGAUAUCUCCGGGGCUGAGUUCUCCAUCCGCGAAAUAACUUUCUUUCUAUUUUUGCUUGUCGAAAAUCAUAAUUUCAACAGAGCGCAUUUACUAUGUUGUAGUUAUUAAAUUGAAGAAAAAUGUUGCAUUCAGUGUGCCUUACCGAAAUUUUUUUUACCGAAAGAAGUGAAUUUCGGUAAAUUUUCGGUAAAAACGUUUUUACCGAAAGAGUUUCGGUAAAUUUACCGGUAAAUUUACCGGUAAAUCGUUCCUUUCGACAAUUACCGAAAGAAAAAAAUUUUUGAUUUUUAAUUUUUUUAUAAUUUUUUUCAAAUUUUUUUCAAUUUUUUUCAAUCAAAUUUUUUUAUAAUGCUAUGCAACGAUUUUCGCAUUUAAUGUGUCACCAAAGUUCCUCAUUCGAAAAUAAACUGUUCGUUAAAAAGAAAAACAGAAAAAAAUUGAGGCGCCGAGCGGUGCCGUCGAUACCGAAAAGGCGCGGCACCGGCGUUCUUUUUUUGACAAGGGAAGUGACUGAUGUGACCAAUUUAGAACAUUCUGAACAACAUCCCAAACAUCAGGAACACGCUGAACAGUCGCCUCAAUGUUCCGUUCUCAAAAUUGAAGAUUGUUUCGAAAAAGUACCCAUUUACCGAUAAAAUUUACCGAAACUUUUACCGAUAAAAUUUACCGAAACUUUUACCGAAAUAGUUUCGGUAAAUUUACCGGUAAAUUUAUCGGUAAAUUUUCGGUAAUUUGUUUCGAAAAUUUACCGAAACUCUUUCGGUAAAAAAGUUUUACCGAAAAUUUACCGACAAUUUACCGAAAUUUUUACCGGUAAAUUUACCGGUAAAUUUAUCGAAACCCUUUCGGUAAGGCACACUGAUUGUGAUGAUGUUUUUAGAAAUGACAAUCAUUUAAGUGUAUAAGGCACUUCUGUGCAGUUUUUUUAGGAUAAAACACGUGUUAUUGCGAAGAAAAAGUAUUUCGUAAUGUACUCUAAGAGAACAAAAACGUAACGCAACGAGCAGGAAUCGAACCUACGCGGGCAAAGCCCAAUGGAUUUCAAGUCCAUCUCCUUAACCACUCGGACAUCGUUGCACAGCGGCAAGGCGAGCGUUCGCAGUAGACACCCGAACAAAAGAUGCGAGAGGAAUGGGGAGGAGAGACAAGAGCGAGGGUCUCUUUCGCUGCAUGCUGGCUGGCCGACGCGAAAAAAGAGCGCUGGUGGUGGCGGUGGUCGGUGUGCGGGCAACGGGAGACUGAUACGCAUGUAACCGCGUCAACUUGUGACUAGAACUUGUGAUAAGAAACUAUUCUUUUCUAGAAGUAAGUAAGUUUUCUUGGAAAAGGAUGUAUUAUAAUCAUCUGUGUGAUGACUUUAUUUCUGAAAUCCAGCACAUUACUGUUCAUCAGGAAGAUGUUUCCAUAAACUUCUCUCUACAAUUUUACUCGGUCCCCGUCAAUAGUGUCGUUUUUGCGAAGAUUGUGGCUUUUUCGGCUCUAAAUCAUCUUGGGACCAGAUGCUCCGAUCCGGCUGAGACUUGGACUUGAGAAACUUUAAUCCAAAUCCAAGAAUCCUGCAAAGUUUGGGUCCGAUCAAGUCUUCGAAAAGCCCGGGCCUGUCUGCUCUGGUGUGCCGCAAGAACAUACGGCAGUCUUUCCAGGUGUGCCAGGUGGAUAUCAUUAUGAUAAUCCGUUAAUGGAAUAUUUUCCCGACAUCUCCACCUGAAUAGCCACUGCCGUGUGUCUCGGCAGCAUAGAUCAAGAGGCGGACAAAAGAGAUUUCGGUUUCGAUCCAAUCGCUAACGAGGUCGACGAGGCGUGAGCUGAGCGUAUCACGUUCCGUAAUAAGCCGCUGUCACUCUGAUAUUCGGUUCCUUACUCGUUCUCCCCCCAAAAUAUUCAUUUCCACAAUCUAAUAUCCAAUCAAAAUCCCAUUAGCCGCUAUUGUUAUUACAGCGAAUAGGCAAUCACGCCUACCUCGCCAGUAAUCUGUGGGUGGAGUCAAUUCGAGGCUAUUUGUGAAAGCACCUUUCCAAUCAUUUCUAAUUAUGCGGCUUUCUCACUUUUCACCUGCCUUCUACCAUUAUCCCCAGAAUGCUUGAAUUUGCGUGCUUUUGCUACUGCCAGCUAUCCUACUUGUCUGAACAUCACGUUUAUUAUGAGUUUCAAUAUUUAUUACGGAGGUUAGCUCCAGCCUUCCUCUUCUUCUUCGUGUUCAUGAGCCCAUAAUAAUAAUAGCUAAAGCGUAUUCAUUGCUGACAAUAAGCAGGAUUAGUUAUAUCAACGCUCGUGCAUUCCCAAGUGAACGUCGAUUGAAGUAUGCUCGCUGAAAUUAGUCUGUCGGCUUGAGCGUACACUUAUGUUAGUUUAGCUAGAAGAACCAAACUUUCAAGUCCUUCUACUCUCGAUGGUCCUCGAACUUUUUCAGCCCAGUCUGACUCAUAACUACACGACGAGGCUAAUUCGUCCGUUUUUUAGUUUUCUGAAGAUUGAUCCAGCCAAGUAGACGAAAAUUCUGAUUGGCUUCAUUGAAUCUGAAAAUCAGUGCAUCACUAUCUGUCCUCACACACUUGUCUUUUCUUUCCGGUAUUCAUUCAGCAAUACACCCAGAAAAAAUGGCGAGUCACCACCGGCAGGUAACUGACAUCAAUUGGACACAUUGAAUUUACCCAUUUUCAUCUGCUUAUCCAAUUUAUUUUCCCGCGGUAACCAGGUGUUUUCGAGCGUGGUUCUGGCACUUUCCGAGCAGCUCACUCAAUGCUCAAAAGCAUGUGACUUGCCCAGGCUCCCAGUGCACUUUUCAAAGUGAACUCGAAUGUCCGCGUUCCUAUGGGAAAUAUAACCGUCUAGGCUGAAAAAAGUGAGCUGUGUGGGAACGAAAAUGAGAGAUUUCCGCCGUAGAGCUCGCUUACUUUAUACUCGCGGCUCUUUCCGUUUCGGAUAUCACACUCGUUGCAAUUUCCAAGACAGUUAUUUCGUUGUACAUCUUUAAUCAUCGCCUCUUUUUUUGCAUGCAAUAGUCGGUACAUGUUGUGUUCCGAGCUAAGACCGCAUCUACCUUUCUUCUCAUUUUGCCCUCUCCGUACCUCGGUACCCCGUAAGAUUAGGUGCCGGCUGGUUGAAAGCGUUCACAUUAAUAGUAGUUAGCAACCAAGGAUAAAAGCUAUCAAAAAAGACCAUGGGGUUAAAAAUUGUCAUACAGCAGUGUAACGACACUUUGCUCGUUUGUUAAUAAUACACAGUAGUUUGUGCUCCACGUAGUCCGUGUACUUUUUUGCUGAUUAGUUUUUUUCCGAAAAGCAAAUGCAAGGAUACUUUCAUUUCCUUACAAUGGAAGUAAUUCUGAAGAGACCAUCAAUAGUGAUGACAUCGUUUUUUUUGCGUAAAAUGUGGCAAAAACAAACAACAGAAGGUGCGCACACUGCGGGAUUUAGAGAGGAUAAAAAGAGGGAGGGAUGCCAGAAAAUUGAAGUCAAUCUAGCUGGCAUACGGUAGAAGUCCACUACAUAUACGCGAAUAAGUCACAUUUAGUAUCAAUACUGCCUUCCCUGCUUUCAUAUUUCUCUAUUCGACUCUUAGCCAGAGAAAAAAUGACGGCUCUUCCUGAGGUAUGGCUAUAAGUAGAAAAAAAAGUGGCAAAUCCGUUGCGCUCAAAUCCUGUCGACGAAUCCCCUGAAGGCGAUUUGACAAAAUGACUUGCGGAAAAAGAGGAGCCAGACCUAAUCUUGAACAACACUUUUUGUGGAGAACCAUUCAUUCUCACAAGGAUUUUAUUGCCCUCUUCCUCCACCAGUCAUGUCCUUCGUCACGACAGUUUAGUAAGUUUUUGACGCAACACCAGAUUCCAUUCGAUGGAGCACUUUCAUUAUAAACAAUUUGGGGAUCAAGCUCAGGCCUGUGCCGAAGCAUACAAUUUAGCUCUUCGAUCGUAAAAUUGAUAGUUUCACCCAUCAUUUUGAGCCGGAAUCAAUUAUGUCCACCUCUUACAUUUCACUUCUAACAAAAUAACUGACAAUUACAACUUUUUCAGAAGCCAACUGACAUGGACAACAUCAAGGCGACCACUGAGCAACUACGUGCCGAAGCCGCUAUUCAGCGCAAAAAGGUGUCCGAGGUGUCGAAAGAGUGAGUCAGAUGGGGCAAAGAGCAGUUUGGUGGGAGAAUUGUAGUCCUCUGAUUGCUCUCAACAUUAUUUUUCCCCUAAUUGUUGCCCUUUUUUAGACUUCUCGAGUUCUGCGAGAAGAACAAGACGAACGACAUGCUGGUGUCCGGUCCGGCGGAUCAGCACAAUCCGUUCCAGGAGAAAAAGAGCUGCUCUGUGCUCUAA